AUGCGGCCGCAAACAUCCUUGCGUUUCUUCCUCUCCCUACUCGCCGCCCUCUCAUUCUCGAACCUCACGUUCGCCGAAAGAAUAAUAGAGUCCAACUCUCUCAAUUCAUGUAAAGCCGGUUCGAAUUUCACAGCAACACUGUUCAAUGUUGCCUACACUCCUGGAAAUAACAGCGUCUCAGUCAAGAUCAAUGGCGUGUCUUCCAUCUCAGGCAACGUGACCGCCCUGGUGAACAUCAAAGCAUAUGGCUUUACGAUACUCAACGAUACCAUCGACCCAUGCGAAGAAAACCUCUCCGGCUUUUGCCCUCUCCAGACCGGCCAGAAAAUCGACAUUGAAACCAACAUCGAUGUGCCAAAAAGCGUGAGCAUUCCGGGCAUUGCCUACUCCGUUCCCGAUCUUGACGGUGUUGUACGCGUCGAAGUCUACUCCAAAGAUACCGGCGAAACGAUUGCGUGUAUGGAGGCCGAUCUCUCAAACAGGAAGACCGUCUAUCAGCCUGCUGUUGGUUGGGCAACGGCCGUGAUUGCUGGCCUGGGUCUCGUCGCUGCUGGUGUGACUUCUGGACUGGGCAAUCCAAAUACCGCUGCUCACGUUGCUGCCAACGCCGUUUCGCUGUUUGGAUUCUUCCAAGCUCAGGCUGUCAUCGGCAUGAGCUCCGUGACCAUGCCCCCCAUUGUCCAGUCCUGGACCCAGAACUUCCAAUGGAGUAUGGGAAUUAUUCGUGUUGGCUUCCUUCAGAGCAUUGCCACCUGGUACCAGAGAGCAACGGGUGGUACUCCCACGACCUAUCUUUCAACCCUCAGCACAAUCUCCGUCGAGGUUCAAAAACGGGCUGUGAAGCGCUCUAUCCAGUCCAUGGUAGCCGCCAUUGCAUAUUCGUCUCGGGGUGCUCGCUACCUGGCCAAGCGCGCAGACGGCACUGAUGGUGCUGCAGUUGCAGACACUAAAGUCGUCCGUGGUAUCGAUAGAGUCGGGUUCCGGGCGGGAAUUGAGCAGACCAACAUUUUCAUGACGGGGCUGAUCUUUUUCGUCUUCAUUCUCUUCAUGACUGCUAUCCUCGUCGCCUUGACCAAAGCCAUCCUGGAUGGUUGCGCCAAGGCCGGUUGGAUGAAAUCUGACAAGUUUCUGGAGUUCCGCAACGGCUGGAAGAUUGUCAUCAAGGGUAUUCUGUUCCGUCUGGUCUUGCUUGGCUUUGUCCAAAUGUCCGUCCUCUGUCUAUGGGAAUUGGUUGAACGUGAUUCAGCUGCUGAAGUCGUCCUGGCCCUGGUUGUGUUUCUCUCCAUGGGGGCUGCUUUGGGCUGGGCUUCCUUCAAAGUCAUCCAGCUUGCGAAGAAAUCAGUCACCAUGCACAAGAACCCUGCUUAUAUCCUCUACUCCGAUCCUCAGGCUCUGAACAAAUGGGGUUUCCUCUACAUCCAGUACCGGGCCACAGCUUACUACUUUGUCGUUGUCAUGUUGGGCUACAUCCUGCUCAAGGCUGUAUUCAUUGCCUUUGCACAAAAGUCACCAAUUACCCAAGCCGUCGGACUUCUCAUUGUCGAAAUCGUCUUUGUCAUCGGCGUCGGUAUCGUCAAACCGUGGAUGGACAAGAAGACCAACAUCUUCAACAUCGCCAUUGCGUCUGUCAACGCUCUGAAUGCUGUUUUCCUGCUCGUCUUCUCGGAUGUUUUCAACGCGCCCUCAAUGGUGGCUGGUAUUAUGGGCGUUAUUUUCGCCUUGUACAACGUCAUUUUUGCUGCCGUCCUGCUUCUCCUGGUCCUGAUCUCUUCGAUCUACGCCAUCUCUUCCAAGAACCCCGAGGUUAGGUACCAGCCGAUGAGAGACGACAGAGGUAGCUUCAUCAAGUCCCAAGCCGCUUUGACGACAGAGCUUGAUGCUCUGGGAGCCACUGCCCGAGGGGAGAACGAGCCAAAGACUGCUUACAAGAGCCUCGACGAUGAUGACUCAUUGUCGAGCGAGUCCUUGAAACAUCAAUCUGAUGCCACACUACGACCGAUGUCGCAGACCAGGGGCAUGUAUGGUCAACAAGAAACACCAAUGUACCCCAGCGAAAACAAUGGCCGGCGAGGACCCCCACAAUCGUACGAGCAGCGACAAAUGUACAACCAAGGCUACGGUCAGAGCGGUGACUACGGCUACUCCAGCAGACCAACAACGGCACCAAACCAACAGUACAACGACAGUAUGAGUAAUGUCAGCGGCGGAUACGCACCACCGAGAUCCGCCGCGGGGUACGCUCCCCAGCAAUCCUUCCGAGCACAAAACAAUUCCAGCCCGUGGCAACGAGGUGCAGGUUACGAUUGA